AUGACUACUCACUCCAACUCUUCCAUUCCGAAACCUGAAGCCCCCUGUCCCCAGCAGGAAAUACCAGGAAAAAGUGUUGGCUUAAGGUACAACUUCCUAUUGAGGAAAUGUAAGAUAACUCCAUUUUAUAUUUAGAUUUAGAGUUACUGACAUCAAUAGAAGCAUGCACAAGCAAUCUAUCCAAUGUAUUUUAUAAAGCCCCUUUUAUAUCAGCAGUUGUCACAAAGUGCUUAUACAUAUACCCAGCCUAAAACCCCAAAGAGCAAGCAAUGCAGACGUAGAAGCACAGUGGCUAGGAAAAACUCCCUAGAAAGGCAGGAACCUAGGAAGAAACCUAGAGAGGAACCAGGCUCUGAGGGGUGACCAGUCCUCUUCUGGCUGUGCUGAUGGAGAUGAUAAAAGAGUACAGCCAUUUAGGCCAGAUCGUUCUUCAAGACGUUUAAACGUGGUCCUCUGUAGCUCAGCUGGUAGAGCAUGGCGCUUGUAACGCCAAGGUAGUGGGUUCGAUCCCCGGGACCACCCAUACACAAAAAAAAAUGUAUGCACGCAUGACUGUAAGUCGCUUUGGAUAAAAGCGUCUGCUAAAUGGCAUAUUAUAUAUUAUUAUAUAAUCACAGUGGUUAUAGAAGGUGAACUAAUUCAGCACCUCAGGAGUAAAUGCCAGUUGGCUCUUCAUAGCAUUUAGAGGUUGAGACAGCAGGUCCGGUAGAGAGAGGCAGGAUCAAACAGCAGGUCUGGGACAAGGUAGCACUUCCGGUGAGUCCUGAGCAGGUCCUGAGCAGGUCAGGGUUCCAUAGCCGCAGACAGAAACAGACUGGAUCAGCAGCGCGACCAGGUGGACUGGGGACAGGGAUAGCCAGGAGUCAUCAGGCCACGUGGUCCUAGGGCUCAGGUCCUGCAUCCUUUAUUUAAUUUGUGCAGACUAAGCCCUAGCUAAUCACUGAAUGUCCUACUACAAGGAUGUGGUCAGGUUGAUACACUUCUGAGUCACACCACAGAUUGCGAGGGCAAGUACAAUGAGCAGUUUGGAAAAUGGUUGCCCCACACACACACACACACACACACACACACACACACACACACACUUAAUUUAAGUUGGUGUGCAGUCAAGGCUUUGUCAUUAAAAUAAUAUAGUGUCUAUCUUUCAGAUCUGCCAACCAGGCUCGGUGGGUGACAGGUAACCGUGUUUCCACCAAGCUGUUCCAGGCCUGGAGUGGCACUCUGGAACUUCCAGAGGCUUGUAGACCUGAAGCAGUGUGAUAUGGUCCAGGUAAUUAUCAAACACAUGUAUACACACUCACUCAAUCACUCACUCUGUUUUGUUGUAUAAUUGUUUUCACUUAAGAAAAUUGUUCCUCUCUCUUUUAGAUCUGACACCCCUAUUAGCUCAACCACAGUCCUCACAGCUGCAGUCGUCUGCCCCUGCACCUGCUACACUGGCCACGACAGGUGAUACAGGUAAUUAUCACAUGCAUGUAUACACACAUGCAUACUCUCCCUCACUUAGGGCUCUAUUCAAUCACAUCCUCUUUAGCCAACAUCCGCAUAGCGGUUGUUUUGGCGGUGUCUGAGAUGGAACUGUGUUAGAGCUGUCAAAUUCACAAGUGGCUCCUGGCAUUAUACCUAAAGCGGACAUUGCCAUUGGCUGAACAGAGUCGCAUUAACAUAAAUCUUUAUUCAGCCCUGUUUACAAGUUAGAACACUGACAUUUGAGAUCUAAUCUACAGUCGUGGUAAUUUUCACAAAGUCUGCUGCCUCAGUUUUGAUGAGUGAUCAGACGAAUUUGCCAUGAAAAUGAAAGUAAUCCCCCAAAAAACAUUUCCACUGCAUUUCAGCCCUGCCACAAAAGGACCAGCUGCCAUCAUGUCAGUGAUUCUCUCGUUAACACAGGUGAGAGUGUUGACGAGGACAAGGCUGGAGAUCACUCUGUCAUGCUGAUUGAAUUAGAAUAACAGACUGGAAGCUUUAAAAGGAGAGUGGUGCUUGAAAUCAUUGUUCUUCCUCUGUUAACCAUUGUUACAGUACAGUUACACCUCAGACACCGUUACCUGCAAGGAAACACGUGCCGUCAUCAUUGUUUUGCACAAAAAGGGCUUCACAGGCAAGGAUAUUGCUGCUUGUAAGAUUGCACCUAAAUCAACCAUUUAUCGGAUCAUCAAGAACUUCAAGGAGAGAGGUUCAAUUGUUGUGAAGAAGGCUUCAGGGCGCCCAAGAAAGUCCAGCAAGCGCCAGGACUGUCUCCUAAAGUUGAUUCAGCAGCGGGAUCAGGGCACCACCAGUGCAGAGCUUGCUCAGGAAUGGCAGCAGGCAGGUGUGAGUGCAUCUGCACGCACAGUGAGGCAAAGACUUUUGGAGGAUGGCCUGGUGUCAAGAAGGGCAGCAAAGAAGCCACUUCUCUCCAGGAAAAACAUCAGGGACAGACUGAUAUUCUGCAAAAGGUACAGGGAUUGGACUGCUGAGGACUGGGGUAAAGUCAUUUUCUCUGAUGAAUCCCCUUUCCGAUUGUUUGGGGCAUCCGGAAAAAAGCUUGUCCGGAGAAGACAAAGUGAGCGCUACCAUCAGUCCUGUGUCAUGCCAACAGUAAAGCAUCCUGAGACCAUUCAUGUGUGGGGUUGCUUCUCAGCCAAGGGAGUGGGCUCACUCAAAAUUUUGCCUAAGAACACAGCCAUGAAUAAAGAAUGGUACCAACACAUCCUCAGAGAGCAACAUCUCCCAACCAUCCAAGAACAGUUUGGUGAUGACCAAUGCCUUUUCCAGCAUGAUGGAGCACCUUGCCAUAAGGCAAAAGAGAUAACUAAGUGGCUCAGGGAACAAAACACAUGGCCAGGAAACUCCCCAGACCUUAAUCCCAUUGAGAACUUGUGGUCGAUCCUCAAGAGGCGGGUGGACAAACAAAAACCCACAAAUUCGGACAAACUCCAAUCAUUGAUUAUGCAAGAAUGGGCUGUCAUCAGUCAGGAUGUGGCCCAGAAGUUAAUUGACAGCAUGCCAGGGCGGAUUGCAGAGGUCUUGAAAAAGAAGGGUCAACACUGCAAAUAUUGACUCUUUGCAUAAACUUAAUGUAAUUGUUAAUAAAAGUAUUUGACACUUAUGGAAUGCUUCUAAUUAUACUUCAGUAUACCAUAGUAACAUCUGACAAAAAUACAGUGAGGGAAAAAAGUAUUUGAUCCCCUGCUGAUUGACCCCUCUGUGAUUGCCAACAAGGGUUUUGCCACCAAGUACUAAGUCAUGUUUUGCAGAGGGGUCAAAUACUUAUUUCCCUCAUUAAAAUGCAAAUCAAUUUAUAACAUUUUUGACAUGUGUUUUUCUGGAUUUUUUUGUUGUUAUUCUGUCUCUCACUGUUCAAAUAAACCUACCAUUACAAUUAUAGACUGAUCAUUUCUUUGUCAGUGGGCAAACGUACAAAAUCAGCAGGGGAUCAAAUACUUUUUUCCCUCACUGUAUCUCAUAACACUGAAGCAGCGAACUUUGUGAAGACCAAUACUUGUGUCAUUCUCAAAACUUUUGACCACGACUGUACACCUCGAUUAGGCUGAGGUGUACAGUCAUUAUUUCUAUAUAACCUACACUUUCUCGUUCUGAGCUUGUAAUGCGAGUAGGGCGGGUGUAGUUUCUUGACAAUGAUCCAACACAGUUACACCUCAGACACCGUCAAAACAUCAGCAAUGCGGGUGUCGGCUAUCGCCGGUUAACGCUUAAUCUGAUUGAAUCUAGGCCUUACACUCAUUCAGACUGUUUUGUUGUAUGAUUAUUGUCAGUUAAGAAAAUUGUGCCUCUCUUUUAGAUCUGCCACCCCCAGCAGUUCAGCUGCAGUCACAGUAGUCCUCUGCUGUGGUAUUUAUUAGUACUGUAUUUAAUUUACUGGCUGCACCAGUUCCUACUACACUGGCCAUUAAAGGAGAAACUUUUGAGGAUUCCCAAAUGGAUACAG